UCUCUCUCUCUCUCUCUCUCUUAUUCCCACUGUUUCAGCUCCUCUCAGAUCAGUGUCUUUUGCUUUCUUUCUUUCUUUCUCUCACUGUCUGAAAUAGCUCCCCCUCCCAUAGUCUUCUCCUCCCUUCAUUUCUUCACAGUAGCUUGUCGUCAUGAUUAGGGUUUCACACUCUAUUCUCCUCGCUUGCAUAUUAUUACUCAGUCCUCUCUGAUGCUUCAACCACUGGCUCUCUUGGCCGAAGAGAGAGAGCCGUUGCCUUCUUUUCUUUUUCUCCGUGGUUUCAAGCUCUCUGCGUCUUCUUCUUCUUCUUCUUCUUCUUCUUCUUCUUCUACCUGUGCCUCGCUCUGUGAUCAAGCUCAAAUAAGAGCUUUUACGAGGUUCAUUGGAGGAUCUUUGUGAAUUUUUUCUUUUAGAUUUAGCUGAAAAACACCAAGAUUGACAUCAGGGUCUUGGAGAAACAAGUGGGUUUUCUUCGUUUUCAAAGGAAAGAUUUUCCUUUGGGAGAUAAAAAGUUGGAGCGUAUCUCAGAACAGCGAUAGGUUUCGGUCCGUGUUCUGGCUCUAUUUGUGGCAAGUUUAGAGAAGCGUUUUUCUUUAGAGCAGUUUCUUCUUACAGCUUCACCAUCCAAUAGCUGAAGGCUUUAGAAAGAUACAGACUUCAUCCGUGUCUGUAUUAUACAUAUAUAGCCUGUUAACAUUUUGGCUUUUACCUUCUCCAACAAGCUGCACAAGUGUUCCCACUCCAAACCAAGACGGACUUUACUAAGCCAGAGAAUCUUUAACCUCGAACUCCUCAAACCAAAACCCACCAACAAAUCACCUCUCAAAACGGUUUUUUUUUUUCUUGGUUGGGGCUUGAGAGAAAAUGGCGAUGGCGGUGGCUCAGCAGCACAGAGAGAGCAGCAGUGGGAGCAUCGGCAGACACCUUGAUUCCGGGAAGUAUGUAAGGUACACGGCUGAGCAGGUCGAUGCGCUCGAGCGGGUCUAUGCCGAGUGCCCCAAGCCCAGCUCUUUGCGCAGGCAGCAGUUGAUCCGGGAGUGCCCCAUUCUCUCCAACAUCGACCCCAAGCAGAUCAAAGUCUGGUUCCAGAAUCGCAGGUGCCGAGAGAAGCAGAGAAAAGAGGCUUCUCGGCUCCAGACUGUGAACAGGAAAUUGUCAGCGAUGAACAAGCUGUUGAUGGAGGAGAAUGAUCGCCUGCAGAAGCAGGUUUCGCAGCUGGUAUGCGAAAAUGGGUAUAUGCGGCAACAACUACAAACUGCGUCAGUGGCAACUACUGAUGCAAGUUGUGAUUCUGUGGCUACCACUCCUCAGCAUUCUCUGAGAGAUGCUAAUAACCCUGCUGGACUCCUCUCCAUUGCGGAGGAGACCUUGGCAGAGUUCCUCUCAAAGGCUACAGGAACUGCUGUUGAUUGGGUCCAGAUGCCUGGGAUGAAGCCUGGUCCGGAUUCGGUUGGGAUCUUUGCCAUUUCACAAAGUUGCAGUGGAGUGGCAGCUCGAGCCUGCGGUCUUGUGAGUUUAGAACCUACAAAGAUCGCAGAGAUCCUUAAAGAUCGUCCAUCUUGGUUCCGGGACUGUCGGAGCCUUGAGGUUUUCACCAUGUUUCCAGCUGGAAAUGGAGGGACAAUUGAACUUGUUUACACUCAGACAUAUGCUCCAACUACACUGGCUCCUGCACGGGAUAUUUGGACUUUAAGAUACACUACAAGUUUAGAUAAUGGCAGUCUUGUGGUUUGUGAGAGAUCUCUGUCUGGUUCGGGUGCUGGCCCAAAUGCAGCUGCUGCUGCUCAGUUUGUGAGAGCUGAAAUGCUUCCUAGUGGCUAUCUGAUUCGGCCAUGUGAGGGUGGAGGGUCAAUAAUCCAUAUUGUUGACCACCUGAAUCUUGAGGCAUGGAGUGUGCCAGAAGUGCUGAGACCGCUUUAUGAAUCAUCAAAAGUGGUAGCCCAGAAAAUGACUAUUGCGGCACUGCGCUAUAUCAGGCAAAUAGCUCAGGAGACAAGUGGUGAGGUUGUAUAUGGUUUGGGCAGGCAGCCGGCUGUUCUGCGAACUUUUAGCCAAAGAUUGAACAGAGGCUUCAAUGAUGCCGUCAAUGGAUUCAAUGAUGAUGGCUGGUCAUUGAUGAACUGUGAUGGUGCUGAAGAUGUAAUUAUUGCUGUUAAUUCAACCAAAAACUUGAGCACCACUUCUAAUCCUGCUAAUUCCCUUGCAUUCGUUGGAGGAGUUCUCUGUGCAAAGGCUUCCAUGCUACUCCAAAAUGUCCCUCCUGCUGUGCUGGUUCGCUUCUUGAGGGAGCACCGCUCAGAGUGGGCUGAUUUCAACGUUGAUGCCUAUUCUGCUGCAUCACUAAAGGCAGGCUCAUAUGCUUAUCCAGGGAUGAGACCUACAAGGUUUACCGGGAGUCAAAUUAUCAUGCCUCUUGGCCACACAAUAGAACAUGAAGAGGUUCUUGAGGUUAUUCGACUUGAAGGCCAUUCUCUUCCUCAAGAAGACGCUUUUGCAUCAAGGGACAUUCAUCUAUUGCAGAUAUGUAGUGGAAUUGAUGAGAAUGCUGUGGGAGCCUGUUCUGAACUUGUAUUUGCUCCAAUUGAUGAAAUGUUUCCAGAUGAUGCUCCGUUGCUGCCCUCUGGUUUCCGUAUCAUUCCGUUGGAUUCAAAAACAUCUGAUGCAAAGGAUUCCUUGACAACACAUCGCACCCUAGAUCUGACAUCCAGUCUUGAAGUGGGGCCAGCUACAAACCAUGCCGUGGGAGAUGCGCCAUUGUGUCAUAACUCUCGAUCAGUGUUAACUAUUGCUUUCCAGUUUCCAUUCGAUAGCAGCCUACAGGACAAUGUUGCUACCAUGGCACGGCAGUAUGUCCGAAGUGUUAUUUCCUCUGUGCAGAGGGUUGCUAUGGCGAUAUCACCAGCUGGAUUGAGCCCAGCUGUGGGACCAAAGCUUUCUCCUGGCUCUCCGGAGGCUCUUACGCUAGCUCACUGGAUCUGCCAGAGCUAUAGUUACCAUUUAGGGGCAGAACUGCUGAGAUCUGAUUCUCUGGGUGGUGAUUCGGUCUUGAAACAUUUAUGGAGUCACCAGGAUGCCAUUUUGUGCUGUUCACUAAAGUCCCUGCCAGUUUUCGUCUUUGCAAACCAGGCAGGGCUUGACAUGUUGGAAACGACUCUAGUGGCUCUACAAGACAUCACACUGGAUAAAAUAUUCGACGAGUCUGGACGCAAGGCCUUGUGCUCUGACUUUGCCAAGCUAAUGCAACAGGGAUUCACUUCCUUGCCGGGUGGAAUCUGCAUGUCAACAAUGGGGCGCCAUGUUUCAUACGAACAAGCAAUUGCAUGGAAAGUCCUUGCUGCGGACGAGAGCACUCUCCAUUGCCUUGCCUUUUCUUUCGUAAAUUGGUCUUUCGUGUGAAGACUUUUUAGUUCAUAUGUUGGUGGCCCCUCUUUUUUUUCCCCAUAUUUGAAUAUGAAACCCGGAAAAAAAAGAAAAAAAGAAAAAGAAAAAAGAAAAUGGAAGUUUUGUACUGUCUAAAUCCCAGCCUCAGGUUUGCAUUAAUAUAUUAAUUUAAUUCAAUUUUUAUUUAAUACACGCUUAUUUUUGUAGUUUUAUCUAUGUGAAACUAUUGGUAGUGGAAGUUUGUCCAUUAAAGAUUGGUAUGGGAACUUGAAACUGUAAUGGGAGCGACAAGAUAUGUUCUUACUUUCCCCAUUCACUCUGCAGUGUCUCUCUCUGACAAAUGAGGAGUUACAAAAAAAAAGUAAACUGCUCUGCUGAAACGUUUUACAGAUUCCAUGCUGAUCGAUGAUUUCACUGCCCACUGUCCACCCCAUGUAUUUUCAUUUCAUUUGAACGAAUCAGUAAAUACACAGCUAUUUGUCUCUGCA